CUUUCUGUUCCAACUACUACCACUCAAGAAUUCCAGAAAUGGCAAACUGAACUCCUAUAAGAACCCCUAGCUAAUCCCAUCUCAAAUUCACAAUACUACUUAGAAAUUUUUGGGUAAGGUUCAAGUCAUGGCUUCUUCAUCUUCGGCUCUCAUUGUUUUCUCUCUUUUAAUUUUUUCAUCUUCCGCUCUUGCCAUCUCAAAACGUCCAUCUGCUUCUGAGAAAGUCUCUUUAAGUCUCUACUAUCAAACUUUAUGUCUUGGCUGUUCAGAGUUCAUAGUCAAUGAACUCCCAAAAAUCUUCGACAAUGGACUCAUUGACAUUCUUGAUUUCAAUCUUGUUCCGUAUGGAAAUGCUAAUCUUUUGAAUAACGGCACAAUCAUCUGUCAGCAUGGUCCAUUUGAGUGUUUCUUUAAUACAGUGGAAGCGUGUGCUAUCAAUAUCAUGUCUCAGGAUGAAUCUUUCGAAUUCAUACGUUGUGUGCAGAACUUCAUUGCUGAAGGAAAGAUAGAUGAGUCAUCUUCUUGCUUAGACAGCAACACGCCCGACCACGGGAAGGCUCUUCAAAACUGCUACGAGAGUGGGUUGGGCCAAAAACUUGAACUACUCUAUGCUGAUUUAACUGCUGCUCUUAACCCUCCUCAUGAGUAUGUUCCAUGGGUGACUGUCAAUGAAGUGCCCCUUCAUAUGGAUAUUGGAAACUUCAUGAAAUACAUCUGCAAAGCCUACAAAGGCACUUCUACACCUAAAGCUUGUCAGACAUUACGAAUUGGCAUCAUCCCUGCAGAACCAAUAGCAAACAUGAAAUUCUGUCGCGUGAACGAUACAUCUCCUACUACUAAAACCAGUCCUCGAGGGUGGAAUUUCUGAUCUCAAAAAUGUCACAACCGACCAAUACUCAUGCAUCAGCCAGUUAUAUAUAUACAUUAUCUGUUUGUAAUAAAUCAUAUCGAGAUCGUUCAUCACAUAUAGUCCAAAGUAUUGGUACUCUGAAGGAAUGUUAUUGGUGCUGUAGUGAUGUUGAUCUUGUGUUGUUUUCUUAGUGGGAAGAAAUCCUUCAUUUUCUAAGUUUUAAUUCUAAUUUCACAAAC